ACAGAUAUUUCUGAUCUUUCAGUUGUCUCGUAUUGCAAAAGUUAUGUAUAUGCUAGUGGUAAAAACUGCGUAAAUUAGAAAUUGUGAUUGAAUUAAUGCAAUAAGUAUGCAUUCAGUGACUGAAUUUGGAAGUACAGUGCCGGCUUUUUUAGGAAAAUUAUGGCGACUUGUGGAAGAUCCAGAAACAGAUCAUUUAAUUUCAUGGAGUUCGGAUGGUUUGAGUUUUGUGAUUCGAAAUCAGGCUCAAUUUGCACGUGAAUUACUUCCUCUGAACUACAAGCACAACAAUAUGGCUAGUUUUAUUCGACAAUUAAAUAUGUAUGGUUUUCAUAAGGUUGCUUCUGCUGAAACUGGUAGUCUCAAAUUUGAUAAAGACGAAAUUGAAUUUUCUCACAUGUGCUUUUUAAAAGGCCAUCCAUACUUGCUUGAACACAUAAAAAGAAAG